CAGCUCUGCACUGCACAGAGCCGCAGGGCAGCCGGGUACCCAGAGCCAGCCAGCCAGCACAGGGACUUCAGCCCACUGCCUUGCCAUGGGGCUCUCUCUCCUGGCCCUGCUAGCCAUGGGGCUCCUGGCCCUGAGCUGCUGGGCUGCACCACUCCACUCCAAGCCCCAGGCUGUGAUCACUUUCCCGGGGGAGCUGGUCAGUAAUCUGACGGAUCUGCAGCUUGCAGAAAGCUACCUGCUGCGCUUCGGCUACACGGAGUCCGAGGGGCAGACCCGCAGCAGGCAGGUGUCCAUGGGCAAGGCGCUCAGGAGGAUGCAGAAGCAGCUAGGCCUGGAGGAGACGGGGGAGCUGGAUGCCAGCACGAUGGAUGCCAUGCGGGCACCUCGCUGCGGUGUCCCCGAUGUGGGCAGAUUCCUCACCUUCGAAGGAGACCUCAAGUGGGAUCACAAUGACCUCACUUACCGGGUACUGAACUACUCCCCAGACCUGGACGCAUCUAUGAUAGACGAUGCCUUUGCACGAGCCUUCAAGGUGUGGAGUGACGUGACCCCGCUCACCUUCACCCGGCUGCAGAGCGGCGAGGCCGACAUCAUGAUCCAGUUUGGCACUCAGGAGCACGGUGACGGGUAUCCAUUUGACGGGAAGGAUGGACUUCUGGCCCAUGCUUUCCCCCCUGGCAAAGGGGUACAGGGAGAUGCCCACUUUGAUGACGACGAGUUCUGGACGCUGGGAACAGGGAUAGUGGUGAAAACCAGCUACGGGAACGCCAACGGGGCUGCCUGCCACUUCCCCUUCACCUUUGAGGGACAGUCCUACUCCACCUGCACCUCGCAGGGGCGCUCCGACGGGCUGCUCUGGUGCGCCACCACCCCCAACUAUGAUACGGACAAGGUGUACGGCUUCUGCCCGAGCGAGCUUCUCUACACCUACGACGGCAACAGUGAUGGUGCCAAGUGUGUCUUCCCCUUCAUCUUCGAGGGAAAGUCCUACGAUGCCUGCACCACAGACGGGCGCUCUGACGGCUACCGCUGGUGCGCCACCACCGCCAGUUUUGACCAGGACAAGAAAUACGGGUUUUGCCCCAACAGAGACACAGCUGUGAUUGGCGGGAACUCCCAGGGCGACCCGUGUGUGUUCCCGUUCACCUUCCUGGGCCAGACCUACAGCGCAUGCACCAGCGAGGGGCGGCAGGAUGGGAAGCUCUGGUGUGCCACCACCAGCAACUACGACACUGACCACAAGUGGGGUUUCUGUCCCGACCAAGGUUACAGCCUCUUCCUGGUUGCUGCCCAUGAGUUCGGCCAUUCUCUGGGCCUGGACCACUCGAGUGUCCGUGAGGCCUUGAUGUACCCCAUGUACAGCUACAUCAAGGACUUCCACCUGCACCCGGACGAUGUCAGCGGCAUCCAAUUCCUCUAUGGCCAGGGCUCUGGUCCUGCACCAACAGCCCAGGUGCCAGACAUCCCUGACCAGACAACCACACAAGCCGAGGACACAACCACAGCAGAGCCUGACUUAGCCACGGGGGACGACUAUCCCCUGCCAACUGAGCCCAGCCCUGUGGACCCCAGCACUGAUGCCUGCAAAGUGAAUUCCUUUGACGCCAUCACCGAGAUCAACGGGGAGCUGCAUUUCUUCAAGAGCGGGAAUUACUGGAAAAGCUCCGUGUCCCGGAAGGGGACAAUUCAGGGCCCAGUCCGGAUCUCAGCCACGUGGCCAGCCCUCCCGGCCCUCAUCAAUGCCGCCUUCCAGGAUGUGCUCACCAAGAAGCUCUUCUUCUUCUCGGGUCGGCGUUUCUGGGUGUACACGGGCAGCAGCGUCGUGGGCCCCCGCGGGAUCGAGAAGCUGGGCAUUGGCAAGGAGGCAGAGUGGAUCUCGGGGGCCCUGCAGAGGGGGCGUGGCAAAGUGCUGCUCUUCAGUGGGGAGAAGUACUGGAGGCUGGACAUGAAAGUCCAGAAGGUGGACAAGGGCUACCCACGUCUCACAGAUGACACCUUUGCUGGCGUGCCCCUCAAUGCCCACGAUGUCUUCCUCUACCAAGGAAAGUACCACUUCUGCCAGGACCGUUUCUACUGGCGAAUGACUCCGCGCUACCAGGUGGAGCGGGUGGGCUACGUGAAAUAUGACAUCCUGAACUGCCCAGAGCAGUAGGGCCCAGGCGGCUUCACCUGCACCAGAGCCAACCAGCCCCUCUCCCCGCCAGUGUCUCGUUCAUCCCCGCACCGGAGCCGGCCGGCGCCUCUCCCCGCCAGUGUCUCGUUCAUCCCUGCACCGGAGCCAGCCGGCGCCUCUCCCGCCAGCCGCUCGUUCAUCCCCCCACCGGAGCCGGCCGGCGCCUCUCCCCGCCAGCCGCUCGUUCAUCCCCCCACUGGAGCCGGCCGGCACCUCUCCCCGCCAGCUGCUCGUUCAUCCCCGCACCGGAGCCGGCCGGCGCUUCUCCCCGCCAGCCGCUCGUUCAUCCCCGCACCGGAGCCGGCCGGCACCUCUCCCUGCCAGCCGCUUGUUCAUCCCCGCACCAGAGCCGGCUGGCGCCUCUCCCGCCAGCCGCUCGUUCAUCCCUGCAGACUCUUGUUUUUUGUUGUUUUGUUCCAUGUGGCAGCCUGAGUCUGGCAGGGGAGGUGAAGGAGGUGGCACGUGGAAUCUCUGCCCAGGGCCUGCCUUCCAGCCUCAGGCAGGUCCAGGGAGGGAUGGGCCCUGCUUUCCAGAGACUCUGAGCAGCCUAGAGGUGACAGCCUCUGGGAGCUGUAAUAUCCUGGUCCCUCAGCGCCAGCUGCAUCCUGAGGGGGUGGGGGGAACAGGAUGCUUUAGCUAAAGGCUCUCAUCCCUGGCCGGGGUCUCUGUGGUGGCGGCCCCAUGCCUGCAUGUGCUGCACGGAUUGGUUUGCCUGGUGCAAACUGCUCAGAGAUUUGUAAGCGACUUUUGUCUUUUUCCAAAGUUGAUUAAGUCCGUGUCUGUCUGUCUGGGUUUGCUCAGGAGCUGGUGCCUGCGCACUGGGGGCCUGGUGGGUGCCAUCAGCCUCAGUGGGCGCAGGGAGUGCUGGGCGCGGCCCUCGCUCUCUCUCCUGCUGCCAUUUUUGUACCUUGUACAUUUUUAAUAAAGAGAAUCCUGGAGAAACACA